UACUACUGAAAUCAAACUCGACAGAGAAUCGAGAAAAUGGAGAUGCAGAAAUCAUGAGCAUAGAUGAUGUGAUCCAAGAAUGCAAGCUUUUCUACUUUGCAGGACAAGAAAGCACAGCCAAUCUUUUAAUUUGGACAAUGGUUCUAUUAAGCAUUCACCAAGAAUGGCAAACUCGAGCCAGAGAAGAAGUUAACCAACUGUUUGGGAAUUCUAAACCAAACAUAGAAGGGAUAGGACACCUAAAAGUUAUAUCCAUGAUCUUGUACGAGGUCUUGAGAUUGUACCCGCCUUCACUGAUGUUUUAUCGGUCUAUUGAUGAGGAAACGAGACUCGGGGAAAUGACAUUACCAGCAGGGUUGCAAUUUUUGUUGCCCAUAAUUUUGGUUCAUCACGACGAAGAGAUAUGGGGAAAAGAUGCGAAAAUGUUCAAACCCGAGAGAUUUUCCAAUGGUGUGGCGAAGGCAACAAAGAACCAAAUAAUGUAUUUUCCAUUCAGUUGGGGACCAAGAAUAUGUGUAGGAAAUAACUUCACAUUACUUGAAGCAAAACUAGCAUUAGUUAUGAUUCUUCAAAGGUUUUCUUUUAAGCUUUCUCCUUCUUAUUCUCAUGCACCAACCUAUGUUGUAACCCUUCAACCGCAGAACGGUGUUCAUUUGAUUUUGGAGAAACUGUAAUCUCGGUUGGAUUCGUGUUAACUUCUUAAAUUUGAAAUAAAUAAAAAAUUAAUCAAAUUUAAAGUAUUGUUAUUAUUAUUAUUAGAUUAAAGGAAAAGAAGAAUCCAUCAACUCAAAUAAUUCAUUCAUGAACCCUAAUUUAUCUUCUAUGAGAGACGGAGCAGGGGCGGGCCCUCCUGCUAUGGAGAUCUUAUCUUCUCUGAUGGAGCUUUGAGCCUAUCCAUUCAAUCGGAGAAGACGACGCGGAGGUUGGAAGCUAGUUUCU